CCAAAGCACCACCGGCGUGUUUGUGUGUGUGCAGGAGAGCCCCCCCGGCCCCCGGGGCGCCUGCCUGCCUCUGCCCCGGAGAUGCCGCCUUAGCCGGCCCCGGGGCGCCCCCUGCUGGCCAUGGGCUGCCAGUCCUCGACGGAGCGCGCUUCUCGCCGGCCGGGGCCGGGCUGGCCCGGGGGCUUCGCGGCAGAUUUCUUCACAAGCAGCCAUAAGGAACAGCCAGUUCACUCCCAGGCAGAGGGCCCCCUUGUGGCCCCCCAGGAGAGCCCCAGCGCCCCAGAAAAGGACAAGAGCAAAGAGAAGAAUGGCCAGGUCUCCUCCAGCGGCCUCCUCUCCAGGGCCAACCCAGGCUUCUCCUCCGGGGGCUACAACGUGACGGCCCUGGCCACGUCCUCCCUGGUGGAGCCUGCACCCCUGGGCUCCCGGUUCCUCCUCUUCCUCUGUCUCUGCCGCCGCUCCCCUCCCCCAGGCCUCGUCCAGACCAUCAAAGACCACAUCACCAAGCCCACCGCCAUGGCCCAGGGCCGCGUGGCCCAUCUCAUCGAGUGGAAGGGCUGGAGGGCCUCCCAGGCGGGCUGGGAUCCUACCCUGACAGGCGAGGAGCUCUACGCCGAUCUCACGGAUGAGCUGAAAGAGGCUCGGUUCGCUGCAGGUGUUGCCGAGCAGUUUGCCAUAACGGAAGCCACCCUGAGCGCCUGGUCCUCGCUGGAGGAAAGAGAGAUGGAUUACGGAGGGGCCACCCAAGAGGUGGUCCAGCUGCAAGACCUGGAAAGCAUCUACCUGCAGGGGAACGUCCUUUGGGGCUCAGAGGGCACUGGGGGCCCUCACGUCACAGAAAGCCUCCCGGUCUUCUCCCCGUCUGGCCAGGAGUCCCCCGUUCCAAAUGGACAUGUGUGGCCCAGGUGGGGGGAGCUGCCCCCUUCCGCCCGAGGGGAGCAGCAAGAAGAGGAGAGCAUGCCUGGAUCCCUCUGGCUUUGGCGCAGCAACACCUCCCUCCGAUACGUGGACAGCAGCUCCGUCUCUGAGGACGACGUCUUCUAUAACUAGAGGAUGGCUGCACUGGAGGCCGUGGGGGGACGGGACGGGCUGGCCAGAGGAGGCCGCUGUCCCCCUCGGUGAGCUGGGCUCCAGCCUCCUCUCCCCCCCCACCCCAAAAGAGAAGAGGAUGCCUUUUCUCUCAGAAGGCUGCAGUCCCUUUGGAGACAGGUUCCAGGAAGAGACAGGAACGGGAGGGGCUCCUGUUUGCCUCAGCUGCCUCUCAGGGAAACUCAGAAAGGGAACUGUUUUGAGAAUAUUUUUUUCCUUGAGGGGUGGGGGCAAAAAAACAGAGAUGGAGGUUAUUGUUUUUUGGACGACCAUUCUCAAUCCCAUGGCUGACGUAGUUUUAAAAAAAGCAAAACCAAAACCAACGUUGUAGCCCCUCGCCAAACACGCACACAAAGCGACAUCCUUGGCAACCCCACCCGCUCUGCUUAUGGCAAGCAAAACCCGAGGGUCCUUAGGCGGCCAUCAGCCCUGGGGUGUUUGGGCCGACCCCUCUCCUGGCUUUUGGUGCCUGUUCUGUGCUUUUGGAUCAACACGGACACACAGGCAAAGUGGCUCCUUCUGCACUCUGGGCGAGGGUGUGAGAGGGUGACCGUCUCCGCUUGGAAGCUGUCUCUGGUGACACAGCCUUGGGAGCACUGCCUUCCUCGCGCCUGCCAGAGAUUCUGACUGCAGAGGGUUCAGGUCAGCAGAGCAGGACCGGGAAGGGAUCGGAGCAGCUGAUGAUGAUCAGGCUGCAAAUCCUGGCUUGGUGGGAUGAGCCCGGCCUCCUCUUGUCCUAUCUGGCCGGUUGCUUGGAGCAGAGAUCCACUGACCACUGUCCAGGCGUGUAUGUGUGUGCUAACUAACAAUCCAGAGGAUCCCUUGAUGUUUGCUGGCAGUUUGCUGCUCACAGGCUGUCUGUUGUCUCUCUUUGGUUCCUUGUCACGUGUGUAUAUUUGUAAAUAAAAGAUACGCCGUGCAGA